CAAAAAAGGAAAAUCUUUAACCCAAAAAAAUAUUAUUUUUAAAACUCAAGUUUUGUGGCUACUGCCUCCUCUAGGAGGUCCAGCCACAUAUGUUGUCGAGAUGAAUGAGGUGAGUGUAACAAUUGGAUUUGGAUCUGAACCAAAUUUUAACCAAUUUUUUCUGGUGCUACUUAUUGUUUUUUUAUAUUUUUUUUUUCAGAGUAUCUUAGUAGUUCAACAUUUGCACCUAAUACGCAGUUGAAUUCUCUCCCUAUGUGAUUUCUGGAUAAUAGCCACUAGCACAUUUUGAUUUCAUUUCUAGCCAGAGACUAUGGAAGACAGCAGAAAGCAAUAACAGCAUCGCAAUCAUUUCAGGGUUGUUUGAUUUAAAGCAAAAGUUUUCUUUGCAAAUAUAUCUUUAUUAGUGUGAUUAGCGUAAAAAUUGGGGAAAUUUUUUCUUAGAAGAGAGAGAAUUUUACAGUUGCAGUCAUUAAAUUCUGUAGAUCCAGAGAUAUAUUCUCAUUAGUUCUUGCCAUACGUGACACUGCAAAAGAAGAUAAACAUCUCAAAAUAAUUUGAUUGUGGUAUCCACCAGCACAUGAUUGAAUUCAAAACUUUUCCCUGCAGAAAUAUCUCAGUAGACAUGAUCUACACAUUAUGUAAGCUUUGAGGAAAACUUGUUUUUAUGAAAAGAGAGCAUUUUUCUGGAGCAAUAACUAUGCAUAGCAGGCAAUUAAGCUGGAAAAGAUGAUACCUUGAGUUUUUCAAGAGAAUGAUGGAAUGGUGGGUUGUUGGAGUGAUGGAAAAUUUUCAAGACAAGGAAUGAUGGAACAUCAUGAAACAGAAGUCUCAAAAAGACAAUUGUAGAAGCGAAGUCAAAACCAGUCUUUAACUUGUCCGACUGACUGGUGGACUCUACAUCCUAAACGGGACAUUUUCCCUGAUAAAGCAACAGAAAGGAGGAUACUUUCUCUGGAAAUCAAAUGUCCUAGUGAAGGUUGUGAAUGGACUGGGGAACUGAGGACCAAGACGGUCCACUUGGGAUCUUGUCCUUUUCAACGAGUGCUGUGUUCCAACAUCAACUGUCACAAAAGAGUCCAACGAAGACAUCUUAAAUAACACGAAAACAAUGAGUGUCCCUGGAGAAUCCUUCAGUGUACCUACUGCACUGAACCCCAUCCAGAAUGCCGAAUGCUGGAGCAUAUUAAGGAGUGCAGCAAGUUUCCAGUGACUUGUCCAAACAGCUGUGGUCAUUCAAUCCCACGGGAUAUGGUUGCGACUCAUGCCAAAGAUGUAUGUCCGCUAACAAUCAUUUCCUGUCCGUAUGCGUGGGUGGGUUGUUCAGUAAAGGUCCAGCGUCAGGAAAUGGAGUCUCAUCUUGAAUCAACAUCCACAGUCCAUCUUGAUUUAGUUCAUAUUAAGCUAAAUAAUACAGAAGAUGAGUUAAAGAACACUAAAGUCGAGUUAAGGAAAACAAAAGAUGAGUUAAGUGAGACAAAAGAUGAGUUAGAACGAUUACGGCUUUCAACUAUACAACAUACAAACUCUUUUCUUUGGCGGAUUGACGGUUUCAGUGAGAUUCUCAGUCGAGCGCGGACCGAUGAAGACGAAAAUUAUAUAGAAAGUGAUCCCUUCUAUACAAAAACUGAAACAGGUAGUUAUGGCUACAAGUUAAAAAUAAGUAUUUAUCCUAAUGGCGCUAGAGAUGGCGAAAACAAUCAUCUUUCAGUUUGCAUUAUUGUAAUGAAGGGUAACUAUGACGCAAUAUUACCCUGGCCUUUCACUAAGAAGGUGACAAUCACAUUGAUUGAUCAACACGAGGAUCCAGAUCAACGGCAAAACAAAAUUCAUGAGAUCGUUGGGUUCGAUAAUGAAUGCUUUGCUAGGCCUGUGACAGGCGAAAACUCUGGAUCGGGUUGUUCAGAAUUUAUAUCUCAUCUUGACCUUCAUUGGGGACCCUUCAUUGUGGAUGAUACUUUGUUUCUUAAAGUUGACAUUAAUGAUAAUUGUAAUUUUUUUAGUCACGAUCAUUUUCGGAUAUUUUCUGACUGAUUUAGCUUCUCGAUAUGAUUUUGUCAUGUAAUGUGACAAUUAACUCUGACUAGAUUAAUCUUUACUUUUUAUGAUGAACGUCUGAAACUACUCAGUUUGCUAUUACUGCGGACAAGACGGUGAGCUCACUAAGCUAAAAAUAGAACCCCAUCACAAAGAAGCAACUUUAGAUUACGAUGAUAAUUAAUAGGGCUUCAGCAGUAAGGUUCGAACUAACAUUCCAGCUGUUUUCUUCGCAAUACAGAAGUUGAAAAAACCGCUCAAUUCGGCCAAGAGCUGAGACGUUACUACAGGUAUUCCUUUUAAGCUGGUAAGGGAGAGGUACAGGGACAGCUAUUCCCGAGCCUGUGAUAAGACAUUUAUUUACAGUUUACAUUCAUUCUUGAGAAAGGUGAAGGUAAAGCCUAAUUAGGAGCCAUUUGGCUCAUCGGGCCGGCGCUUAACUCCGCUUUCCGUGGCAUGAAGCGACUAGGAGUAUUUCUACCCC